GGCCGAAUCAGGAGAUGCUUUUGUGGGUCUCUGCAACGUUGACUUGACACACUUCAGAAACCACGUUUCUCUGAGUCAGACCUGACUCCACGGUACCACCGUGCAUCAGCGAGCCCAGUCUGAAGGAGCUGAAAGGGUCUUUUUCACACUUAAUAAAAGCAAAACAACGCGUCUGGCUUUGUUUGACAAAAGGAAGCAAUGUCAGCGUUGAAGAAACGGAGUUCAAAUGCAUCCGCGGACCGGGAUGAAGAGCAGGUGACGGAGAAGAUGCUCUCCAGGGGAGGGAAUGGCAACAUGAGCCGACCAGGAGACGGCACGCCUGAAAGCCCGACCGCAGAUAUCAGCGCUGCGGAGGGAGAAGAGACAGUCGAGCUUAAAAGAACUAUAACUCUCGUCAACGGCGUGGCCAUUAUUGUAGGCACCAUUAUUGGCUCUGGUAUCUUCGUUACUCCAACCGGAGUGGUGAAAGAAGCCGGAUCAGUCGGGUUGUCUCUGGUCGUGUGGUCUGUAUGCGGCGUCUUCUCCACUAUAGGCGCGCUGUGCUAUGCCGAACUGGGGACCACCAUCACCAAAUCAGGGGGUGACUACGCCUACAUCCUUGAAGUUUACGGCUCUCUACCUGCGUUUCUGAAACUCUGGAUCGAGCUUCUCAUCAUAAGGCCGUCCUCGCAGUAUAUUGUCGCCUAUGUUUUUGCCACAUAUCUCCUGAAGCCCAUCUUUCCCUUCUGCCCUGUCCCUGAGUCAGGGGCAAAGCUGGUCGCCUGCCUAUGUAUCCUGUUGUUGACUGCUAUCAACUGCUACAGUGUGAAGGCCGCCACAAGGGUCCAAGAUGCCUUUGCCGCUGCUAAGCUACUCGCCCUGGCCCUCAUCAUCAUUAUUGGCUUUGUGGAGAUUGGCAAAGGUGAUACUACUGAUCUUCUGCCUGAAAAUUCAUUCAAAGGAAGCAAAACAGACUUUGGCAACAUCGGAUUGGCUCUUUACAGUGGGCUGUUUGCUUAUGGAGGAUGGAAUUAUUUAAAUUUUGUCACAGAGGAGAUGAUCGAUCCAUACAGAAAUCUGCCUCUGGCUAUCAUCAUCUCGCUUCCCAUUGUGACCGUUGUCUAUGUGCUGACCAACCUGGCCUACUUCACCACGCUUAGUCCGGACCAAAUGCUCUCAUCUGAAGCUGUUGCUGUUGACUUUGGAAACUACCACCUAGGGCCAAUGGCUUGGAUAAUCCCUGUGUUUGUGGGCCUGUCCUGCUUUGGCUCUGUGAAUGGCUCUUUGUUUACUUCAUCUAGGCUGUUCUUUGUGGGCUCCAGAGAAGGUCAUCUUCCCAGUUUGUUGUCGAUGAUCCACCCUGAUCUGCUGACCCCUCUGCCUUCGCUUAUAUUUACUUGUAUCAUGACACUCCUCUACGCUUUCUCCAAUGACAUAUUCUCUGUCAUCAACUUCUUCAGCUUCUUUAAUUGGCUUUGCAUUGCCAUGGCGAUCGUUGGAAUGAUGUGGCUACGCUACAAAAAACCUGAGUUGGAACGACCAAUUAAGGUCAAUAUUCUGCUGCCCGUUUCCUUCGUACUGGCCUGCCUGUUCCUCAUCGUGGUGUCCAUUUGGAAAACCCCUGUGGAAUGUGCUACAGGAUUCGGAAUCAUCGCCACAGGAGUUCCCGUCUACUUCUUCGGCGUUUGGUGGCAGACCAAACCAAAAUGGCUCUUGCAGAUCAUCUUCUCUACCACGGCGACAUUCCAGAAACUGAUGGAAGUGGUUCCUCAGGAGUCCUGAAGAGCAAACAGAGCGACAGAUGCCUCAUAUCCACCUCAGACUCCCUCACUGUAUUCCUCGACUGCCUCACCUCUCCUCGUGUGAGCCAGAAAAACGUCGUAUCCUGCUGCCACAGGCAACAUCUAUAUUAAUCACCACGUACGAAACCAG